AAAAUUUGCAUUAAGUAUUUCAAAAUGUUCAUCAUUACGAUUUUUAUUUUCUUCCUUGUCGCUGCUGACGCCUCCGUCCUUUCUGACGCGGAAUGGACGGCAGCAAUAAAUCGCAAAUUGUGCGAAAAUGGGACACACAGUGAUCCCGUUGCGGCAGAUUUUUUUGCCUGUUACGACGAAGAGAUUACUCCGGGUGGCGGCCAGUUUGUCAGGUGUCAAUUAGAAGUUUUUGGCGUGCUAAUUAACACCGAAGAAAAUGUCGACAGCGUUUGUGCCCAGGGGGACAAAUUUCCUCAAUACAGUGAUUGCAUAAUUCUUGGACUUAUCGGGAUCGGAGUCAACCCCGCCGUUGCGGUCCACUUACUCAACGUUUGCCAAGGUGCCGUGCUGGACGUGCCAGAACCACCACCCAGACUAAUUUCGACUAAAUAAAUAUAUACAUAAGUCGCAAUCUGUUGCGAAAAAUAAAUACACAUAAACGGAAACCGUUUGUAUGAACAGGCGGUGCUAAAUAAACGAUUUUACUCAAUUUUAAA